CAGAGAACGAGACUAGAGGCCACUCAAGGAGUGGGGGAAUUCAUCCUUGGUAUUUUAAGGGGGUGUUUUAAAUAUAUAUUUUCCCCCUGUUGGUAUCCCCCUAUUACAAGUGAUAAAUGCACAGGCUCUGGAUCUGGACACUGGGCAGACCAGACACAACAUCCACAGCAUAACAAAGGAGGACUAAGGAAAUUUACAGUCUAGCUCAAUGUCUCUGUUAUGGAUAGUGAUACUACCAGUAACAGCCUUUGCAUUUCAUGUGGAGCUAAAACCAAAGAGUGCAUUUUUCAGAGUUGGUGAUAGGCAGGAGCUGCGAUGUUCGGUGAAGGAUUGUAACGAAAAGGUUACUAUGUCCUGGGCUUUGCUGGGGGAUAAGCCCAUGUUUGCUAAAAUACACACCUCAGGGUCGGAAUCCGUGGCGGCCUUUGACCCUGUGAUGACAGUACAUGAUGACAUACUUCUCUGCAAAGUCAGUUGCGGAGCAUUGACCAAACAACAGCGUGUGGUUGUCAAAGUGUACUCAUUUCCAGAGGCUCCUGUCAUAUCAGGCUACGACCAUCUUCUCUUGGGCCAGUCCAACACUCUGACAUGUGAGGUGAUAGACGCUUAUCCCGCGGAGCACCUGCGACUUGAGUGGCUGCGAGGAGACAUCACGCUCCAGACAGACGCAGAGUCCGUUGUAUCUAGCUACAGGUUCACACCCACCCCAGAGGACAAAGAGGCAAGCAUCACAUGCAGAGCCUCUCACGAUCAGGAUGGUGUGCCUGAUGAAGAGAAGACCAAGGAAACCACCGUGUCUCUCACAGUGCUUUAUGCGCCACAGAAUAUAUUAAUAUCUGAGCCGACUGCUGUGAGAGUUGGCUCCAGUCUCACGUUGUCAUGCCAUGCUGAAGGGAACCCCAGACCAGAUACACAGUGGAAGGCCAUUGGUCCAGAUGGACAGGCUGUUAUUGUGGGGCAGAGCGAGGAGCUUGUCCUUACAGAGAUGACACUGGUGGAUUCUGGUCAAUAUGAGUGUGUGGUGAGCAACACCAUUGGAAACAUCACAGCCAGCGUGAACGUCAUUGUUCAAGCUCCCCCAACCAACACCACUAUCACAGUGAGCCCAGCCAGUGCGGUGAAGGAAGGGGAGAGCGUGACGGUGUCCUGCCUGUCGGACGGAGUUCCAGUGGGACGUAUGGUGCUGAAGAGACUCUCUGAGGGCCAGGAUAUAGAACUCCAGUCCAGCAAUGGCUCCUCCACCUCCUUCACCCUCUCCUCUGCCCUGCUAGCAGACUCUGCUCUCUACCAGUGCGAGGCCUUCAAUGAGCACGGCAGCCAGCGAGCUAGCACACACAUUACAGUCAAAGCACCUCCUAGGAACACAACAGUCCUGAUAUAUCCAUCUGCUGAGGUGCAGGAAGGCCAAAAUGUCACCAUCUGCUGUCGCUCUGUCAGUUUCCCCCCACCUGCUGUGGUUUUAAGGAAACUGGAUAAUGGCACAGAGCUCUACUCCCCGGAUGGGAACUUCCUGCUGGUUAACCUUACGCCCAAUGAUACAGGCCUAUACCAGGUGAAUGUUACCAAUGACCUGGGUUAUGAGACCGAGAUCUUCAGCAUCAACGUCAUAGAGAACCACUCCAGUACUUCACCAGACUGGAACCACAUAGUCAUUCCUGCUGUCUGUGUGGGUAUCAUGGUGACCACCACGGGCCUAGUCCUGGACUACCUGAGGAGAGCUAGGAGGAAGGGCUUCUAUGAGCUGGCCAAGUGUAAGCCCGGGUCUGCAUAGACUAGAGGAGUCUAAAACAUGCGGUCCGGAGCCAGAUUGUGGCCCCCACUUGUGCUACCAAAAUGACCAUGUACUGUAUGAGUAUCACAUCGGUGAGUGUUUUGUGGUUCCUCAGGCAAAAUUACUUUUACACUGUGUGCAGAGGCAUACCAAGGGACAGACCUACCUGGAGUGGAGAGGGAACAGACGAGAGGUUCGUCCACUGUCAGGUCUCCGUUGAAGGGCAGAGGACAAGGCCGUAUGACCUUUGGAUGUUACUGGAAGAGGAAAAGAGAAGUACCUUUAAGGAGGUGUGGUCUUCUGGAUGUUUUUCAUUUUUAUUAAACCUAAGCUAAAAGUCAGUAAAAUGUUGAAUAAUCUAACUGUCUGCAACUAACUAUCAUUUGCUCAUUUUUUCACUUCUUGGCAGCUUUCAUUGAACCCAUUGAUGUCUAAGUGUCACAACUAUUGGAUGAAUGCAAUAUGUUACAUGUUUUUAAACAAAAUUAUACAAUUUGUAAUUGACUGUGAUAAAAAGUUGAAAUGUUUAACGAGUUAAUUACAAUGCAUUUGAAAUGUACAGUUUAAAUUCACUUUGUUAUAUCAGUAUGGGAUGGGAAGGGGGUUUCCCAACAAUAGGUGAAGUCAGUAUUGUGGUAAUGUAAUAUAGAGAAGCAAGGCAAACUGCAUUUGCCUCACGGCUUUUUUUGUAUAUAGGUCUUUAAAGAUGGAAUCCGCAGUAGGGGAAACAGCGUCACUGUCCGCCCCACAGCUGUUGUUAUUGUUUUUGUUUUGUUGACGAAGCAGAGCUGGGGAGUGUCGUAGUAACAAAAAAAUGCAGUACAUAUGCUGGUGUUCUUUCGCGCGUACAAUCAUGUCCGCGGCGGGAAAAAAACAGUGUUUGUUGUUUGCAUUAACUUAUUUGGUUGUUGUAAUAUCGCAAACGGAUGUGGCAAUUUCACCAUUAAGGAUUCCAGCUUUAAUGUGGACACUUACUAGAAGUGUUUGCAUGUGUGGAGAGUGUGCAAUGUGCAUGGAGUAUUUUUGUCCCACACCAUUUACUUUAUUGCUGUGGGAUAUUAGAGCCGGUUUGGUACGUGAUUAAAGAAGCUGUUGUUUUUAAAUCAAAGCCUAUAUAGAAUGUAUUUGUUAUGUUUAUGACUGUUCAUACUCCUUUGUAUGUUUUGAAUAUGUUUUGCCCUAUUUUUUGUGAAUUGUGUUUGAGUUGUACGUUUGUAGAGAUGUUCAUUAUUAAAUAUUUAUUUCCAUAA